UGGCUUAAGGGACAGCAACGUGGGGCAUGGUGAGACGACGACUUGGGCAUUGAGCGACAAGUCGUCUUUCGAAUAGAGUUCAAUGGAUUCACAAAGACUCGCCAAUGGAAUUGAAGCGGACUUAACGAAGAUAAGAAUUGGGGACGGAUGGGUCUAUCCUAGAGCAUAACCACCGAGGCAGGAAACACCUCAAUAUGCACGGAGAAAUGAAAAGAGGACAUCACGAGACGAGGAUAGACACACGAACUUUCCAAAAGGAUUGCGACUUGGGCUAUAAUUCGAGGCGAAAUAGACUCGAGACGAGGGAGAACGACACGUCGGUGCAUGUACUCGCCUUGCUGCCCACCAGGUCGCCACAAAUCCAUGACGAUACGUCAAUCUCGACCAGUCCAGGCCACCCCCGUUUCUCCGAGGCCGUGUAUCAAGGUCGGAACGGACAGGAAUCUGCUUUAGUUGACAUCAGAGGGAAAAGAGUUGUGACACUCCGAUCAAUUCGGUCCAUGUGCAUCACUAGCGAGGGAUCACACAGGUAUCGUGGUCCUCUCAGGAGGAAUCACCCGUUUGCAAGUGGUGAUAAAACGCAAGUUUGCCGUGCUUUCCCGUGGUGGGAGGCUAUUGGAGCCACGUUGGAGCUCUCCAACCGUCUGUCACCUCAUGCAAAUUGGCAGCUCGCCGACACGCGGAACCACUCGCGCGAUGCGCAAUAUCUCCGAGUUGCAUUCAGAUUGGCUUGGAAUCCGACCCCUGGGGCAACGCUUCGGCAUGGGCCGCACUUCCAAUGUCUGCGCACACCAUGGCGGUUGGGCCUCGAUGCUGUAUGGAAUGCAAGCCAUUUCAGGACGCUCAAGACCAGGUGUCCCCGUUGUGAGCUGCUGUGAUCCGCUGGGGUGCAACCGGAAUUACGAUGUCGAGUAGCACGGGGAUAUCCAGAACCGUUGAGGCGGAAAUGGGUAAUGAACGGAGAAGAGUCAAUGGUUUCUUUGACACGAAACCAGACACGACAGGAAGCACGACAUCGGUGGUGUUCCGUAAUUAUCAUGAGUCCUGGCGCCUGGCGCCACAACCGUAACAGCCGACAGGGAAUGGGCAUGGGUUGACGGAUAUCAUCACCUCACUGCUCGAUCUCAAAGCUCCUCCAUCCAUCCGAUCCUAGAGUAUCCGUCAUGGAGGAAAUUGAUGGUCCUGAAAUAUAGCUCUAGGCCUCAAAACUUGUACUGAGUUGGAUUCAUGGUAAUCAAGGGGGCAUGGAUAUCAAUUCCCGCCACCACAACGGAAGAUAUCACCAGAUAUCAUCAUGAAACAGUCUCCUGUUCUUCAUACCACCUUUGCG